UGAGUCCGGCUGACCCAGGGUUUCCUGGCUCCCGGGCCAAUCUUUUCCCUGUCCAGCCUGCCUGGCCCGAGUCACAGUUCGUCUAAUCCCAUCACCCACGGGCGCACGGUACCCAGAGGUGUGCCAAGUGGUUCUGGAGCUGCGCCUCAGUCGAUUAUCCAUAAAAUGGGGAUUAUGCUGAUUCCUGUUCGAAUUGAAGCUACAAGAUGGCUGACCGGGAGCCUGGGGGCAUUAGCCCCCUCCAGCAAAUGGUGGCCUCAGGCACUGGCGCUGUAGUCACCUCCCUCUUCAUGACACCCCUGGACGUGGUGAAAGUGCGCCUGCAGUCUCAGCGCCCCUGGGCAGCCAGCGAGCUGAUGCCUCCCUCCAGACUCUGGAGUCUCCCCUACACCAAAUUGCCCUCCUCUCUCCAACCCACAGGGAAGUGCCUCCUCUACUGCAAUGGUGUCCUGGAGCCCCUCUACCUGUGCCCGAACAGCGCCCGCUGCGCCACCUGGUUCCAGGACCCCACCCGCUUCACCGGCACAGUGGACGCCUUCGUGAAGAUUGUGAGACACGAGGGCACCAGGACCCUGUGGAGCGGCCUCCCAGCCACCUUGGUUAUGACUGUGCCGGCCACUGCCAUCUACUUCACCGCGUAUGACCAGCUCAAGACCUUCCUUUGUGGUCGGGCCCUGACUUCUGACCUCUACGCACCCAUGGUGGCUGGCGCACUAGCCCGCUUGGGCACCGUGACUGUGAUCAGCCCCUUGGAGCUGGUGCGGACAAAGCUGCAGGCUCAGCAUGUGUCCUACCGGGAGCUGGGAUCCUGUGUCCGAGCUGCCAUGGCUCAGGGCGGCUGGCGCUCACUGUGGCUGGGCUGGGGCCCCACUGCCCUUCGGGAUGUGCCCUUUUCAGCUGUGACGAGUGUACCUGUAUGUCCCCAAGCCCUGUACUGGUUCAACUACGAGCUGGCAAAGAGCUGGCUGAGCGGGCUCAGGCCAAAAGACCAGACAUCCGUGGGCAUCAGCUUUGCUGCUGGAGGCAUCUCCGGGACGGUGGCGGCCGUCCUGACUCUGCCCUUCGACGUGGUGAAGACUCAGCGCCAGGUUGCGCUGGGAGCUCUGGAGGCUGUGAGAGUGACCCCCCCACGCGCUGACUCCACGUGGCUGUUGCUGCGGCGGAUCCGGGCUGAGUCGGGCACCAGGGGGCUCUUCGCAGGCUUUCUCCCAAGGAUCAUCAAGGCCGCCCCUUCCUGUGCUAUCAUGAUCAGCACUUAUGAGUUCGGCAAAAGCUUCUUCCAGAGGCUCAACAGAGAACAGCCUCUGGGCUCUUAAAAGGAGCCAGGGGACCAGAACCCCAUCUUUUCCCUGGAUGGGGUUGGGGGUGGUGCGGAAGGAGACUGAGCCAAGUGCCUUGUCCUCAGCACUGAGGGGAGGGGCCUCAUUUCCCUUCUCCCUCAACUAUGAGCCCCAGGGGUAUGGGGCUGCCCCUUGAGGCCUGCCCAGCCCCCCCGAAACAGCUUUCUUCCUACUGUUUCUCAUUCCCAGGCCCAACAAUAAUCACUUUUCCACCACCACUCCCCGCCCCAAGUUGAAGACCAAAUCUACUAACUCUUCCCUCCCUUUUUGCCAUUUCCCUGGGUGUUUGCUAUGGCUGGGUCUGCUCCCAGGCGCCACAAAACCCUAGGCCUGGUGUAGUCUGCACCCAUCCCUGUUAAUCCCUUGACUCUAAAGAUGAUGAACCUCUCUCCAGU